AUGGCCGAGACGGAUGACGCUGACGCGUUUGCCCAUCGACGGGUACCCCGGAGUCUAUCAAUAUGGUUGGAGGAAGAGAUUUUGAAGCUCGAGAACAAGAACGAGAAUGUGAAACAAGGAAACGAUAUGGAACAAGAUGCCGAUGCCAUGCCGGAUGCAGGGAGAGAACUGUUGGACUCCAUCCCGUACGGCCGUCACCCUCACCAUCACCAGCUCUCUCAUGACACAGGGGAGAAGAUGAUCGAUGUGAUCAGCAGAGCCAUCACCUACCCCUGGAUUGGGUUUUCCAAGGAAUUGUCGCUGCCCAAUUUUGUCCUCUUCUCGGAAGCCACAGUGCCAUCGAUUGAGAAGCAUCCACAGGAACAUGAAGAGAUGCAUGGCCCAUCCCCAUCUUGGACCUGCCACCGGCAACUGGUCGGCGAAGAUCCCUUACGAGCAAUACCGAAACAUGUGGGAGACUUUCUCCUGGAGAAUUACAUCUCGAGGACGGUUCCGUCAUACCCCAUCUUUCACGAGAGCUGGCUUCGAGAUAGUCACGCUGCCGUCAUCGGCACAGCCGGGCUGGACCAUGGUCAAGUGCCAGUGGCCACCCCAUACCAGGUCUACGUGAUCAGUCUCGUGAUGGCAACGUCUCUUUCCACCGCGGCACGGUCCAAGCAGGUCCAGGCCAACAAAAUGGCAUUCAGCUUGUUUCAACACGCGACGCAAUACAUCGGGGAGGUCUUGACCAACGAUUUGGCGGGUCUACAAGCUCUGGCACUUCUCCAUACGUACGCGGUGAUGAAUCCCGCGGCAGCCAACGUCUACUUUCUUGCCGGGUUCAUGAUGCAGGCUUGCAUCGACCUCGGACUCCACCGUGAAGAUGAGGACCCGGAUGGGGCGGUGCAUGAUUAUUUGGCGCGGGACAUGAAACGUCGACUCUUCUGGUCAGCCUGGGAGAUGGAUGCGUCGUGUAACGCGGGCUUGUCGCGCUCUCCCACCCUGCUUCCUCACCAGAUCACCACAGGGUUCCCUUCCGAUCUGGCAGACAGUGCCAUCCACCGAACCCAUCUAGACCCAACGGGGCAACCGUCCAAGUUCAUCUGCGGCAAGGUGCGGACGUUUCGACUGAUCGAAUGUGAGAUCAUCUCCACUCUUUUCCAUGGCCAGCCUCUGGCGGAAAGCUUUGCGACUCUGGCUGAGUGGAUGGCCGAUGUGGAAGACCGGAUUCAUGCUUGGAGAAGCCAGAUCCACGCGUCCAGUGCCGCCAACCAAGACUCGUCUCUUUCGGCACAAUGGAUGGAGAUGUCGUUGUUUGCCGACAUAGCGGAUCCCUUGAUCAUCGUCACUCUCUACAGGCCAUGCCCCAAAGUCAAGUAUCCCACCGUGACCAACCUCAUCAAGGCCUUCAAAGCGGCCAUCAAGGUCGGCGAGGGCUACUCGCAACAGGCACAAAUGGACUUUGGAAGCCCCAAGUACACCUUCCAGCCGUGUUACCACGUCUUCUCGUCGGCCAUUGUAUUUCUGCACACCAUCCGCCAGUGCGAGUCUGUCCUAGCAUCUCUAUUCACGCUGGACGACAUGACCGAAUUCAUGCUGACCUUCUCUCGGUUUUUCUCUCUGAUUGCCGAGAGAUGGCCAGCGGCGUUGAAAUGUCUACACGAAUACCAUCGCCUCUUGGAGCCGGUGAAGGAGCGUUAUACGGCUUUUGUUCUCCAUCUUCAAAGCAACAGCAACAGUAACGCCAACACCAACAGCAACAACAACCUACGGUCGGCGACAGGCACGCUCGACACCAACAUCAACACCAACACCAACACUACUAUUUUCGACACCAGCACCAACUCAGCCAUCUUCGACUUCACCCCAGGAUACUCGCCGAACGAGUCAACGGCCUACGUCAACUCUCUGUUUGAAUCCAUGGAAAACGCCAAUUCCACCGAUUUUCUUGACAUGAGGGAUAUUGUUGACUUUGACUGGACCGAAGAUUUUGAUUUUGAAUUCGACGUUGAUUCCUGA